UUCAUGUUCUAUUUUAAUUAAAGGGUUAAACUGAUAAUUUCAUAGAAUUUUGAUUUACAAUGAGUGUCUUAUUAAUUAGUAGAGAUUUUACCUUUUAGUUUUAGAAAAUAACCAUCCUGAAAUAUUCAUAAAUUCCACAUAGCUUUUGUAUCUGAAGUAGUUGAAUUUAUCAUUUGUUUUUCUUCUUUAUUUUCUAUUUUAUCAUAUUAUCACUUUUUUUUAUUUAGACAAAUCUAUCCCUUAUCAAAUUUCUUUAUAAUUUAUUGCAUGAGUUAAGUUUUUUUGUUUGAGGAACUUUUACGUUCAAUUAUUUUUUGUGAAACCUUGAGACACCAAAACUUACUUUUGACUUUCUAAUAUUAGAGAUUAGAGAUUUGUCAGCUUGGACAAAAAUUGCAGGCUCUGUCCACCAAUGAAUACUACUCCUUUUUAUCUUUUAUUAUUUUAGUUUUUUUUUGGUUUGACCAGCUCCAAAAACAGCACUCCAGAAAUUCCACUAUUCAACCAAGGGCCAUAUCAAAUGAAAACUGAAAACAAAACUUUUUAUUUUUUUGUCGGAAAACAAAAAAAUUAUCUUUGAAAAAAAUGAAAACAAAACAAAAAAUACAACUAAAAGUACUCUUGUAGAGGCAUCACUUUAUCUUGUAGUCUUGUAGAUGGUUGAAAACUUGCCAAGUGUUCGAAAAUAACUGAAACACACGUACAUCAGUCUUCUUGUACAUAACAAAAAGACUAAUGCUAGGAAAUUAAAUUUUAUAAACUAAAUAACUUGAAAGUUUAUAAUUGAAUUAUUACUUAAUCGUUGAUAAACGAGCUAAUUUUUUAUUAAUGACAUAUCAUUUAGUUUACUAAUUUAGUCUAUAAACUCGAUCUCUCUAAUAUUACUCUAAGAAAAAAAAGUUACCUCAGUAUAUUUUGGUACCGCUCGUUUGUGUCUGGUGUCUUAAUAAAACGUUUGGACUGAAAAAUGCCCCCUCCAAUGCAACUAUCAAAGGCACAUCUAAUAUCCACUUGCACUGGUAGGUCUCAUAAUUCAAGAGCUCAGAACCACCAUGGGAACCAAAAACCAAGAGCUUCACAUUGCUUUCUUCCCUUUCAUGGCUCAAGGCCACAUAAUCCCCUUCAUGGACUUGGCCAAACUAUUUGUCUCCAGAGGUCUCAAAGCAACCAUAAUCACCACCUCUCCAGAUGCACCCUCCAUUCAAACCAAACUUCAAAACUAUUCUAGUUCCCAAAUCCAAAUAUUCACAAUCAAAGUUCCGACUGCAGAUGUUGGAUUGCCGGAAAACUGCCAGAACUUGCACUGUGCCACCACCCCAGAAAUGCAUUUACAAUUUUUGACGGCAACCGGCUUGCUUGGUCCGCAGAUUAAGCAGUUCUUGCAGCGUAAGAAACCCAACUGCCUUGUGGCCGACAUGUUCUUCCCUUGGGCUACCGACUUGGGUUCUGAAUUUGGUAUUCCGGUGCUCCUAUUCCAAGGAAUCGGUUAUUUCCCCUUGUGUGCUAUCCUAUGCGUGCACCUGUACAAGCCUCACCUGUACGUCUCAUCGGAUUCGGACCCUUUCGUGAUCCCCAACCUACCGGGUGCGAUUGAGCUAACAAGAAAAAAGCUGCCGGAUUUUGUUACGAAUAGGGAAGAAAACGUGUUUACAAAGUUGUUAGGGGAAGGUGUGAAAGCGCAGAAACAGAGCUAUGGGGUUCUGGUAAACAGCUUCUAUGAGCUCGAAGCUGCUUAUGCUGAUCACUACCGAAAUGAUCUGGGGAUCAGAGCUUGGCAUGUGGGCCCACUUUAUCUAGCCAAUGAGAGGCUGGUUGAAGAGAACAAAAGCUCAAUUGAAGAACAACACGAGUGCAUCAAAUGGCUUGAUUUGAAAAAACCCAGUUCAGUUAUUUAUGUGUGUUUUGGGAGCUUGGCAACUUUUGUGGAUGCCCAGCUUCUGGAAAUUGCAGAGGGUCUUGAAGCUUCAGAGCAAAAUUUCAUUUGGGUUGUGAAGAAACAAGUGGGGGAAGAUGGUUGGCUGCCUGAAGGAUUCGAAAAGAGGGUCGAAGGGAGGGGAUUGGUGGUAAGAGGGUGGGCACCACAAGUGAAGAUUCUGUCGCACGCGGCGGUGGGAGGGUUUGUGACGCACUGCGGGUGGAACUCAACGCUCGAGGCGGUGGCUGCCGGGGUACCGAUGGUGACGUGGCCGAUUUUUGCGGAGCAGUUUUACAACGAGAAGCUGAUCACGCAGGUGCUUGGGAUUGGGGUUUGUGUGGGGGCCAAAGAGUGGAUGAGGGUUGUGAGGGAGAGUGUGAGGAGGGAUGAGAUAGAGAAGGCUGUGAGGAGGGUAAUGGUGGGUGAGGAGGCAGAGGAGAUAAGGACCAGAGCUAGGGUUUAUGGAGAGUUGGCUAGGAGGGCUGUUGAGGUUAUGGGAUCAUCUUCUGAAGAUUUGGAUGCUUUGAUUCAAGAGUUACGGUCUUAUGAUAUUGCUCAAGAAUUAUAAAAGAUAACAAUUUUGAAAUUACCAAAUUUGGCCUUUUAUGUUUCAAUUUAAGAUUGCAUCAACUAUUACUUUGACAAUAUUUUUGCAACUCUGGCAUUAUAUUUUAGUCAACUUCACUUUAAAUUGAAUAAUUCACAAAUCUUUAGGCAAGCAAGAAAAA